AUGUCGGUCCCCCUUUCACUAUCUAAGAUUCUCUCCCCAUCCGGACUGGCUAUAUUUCACAAACUCACCUGCACACCGUACCUAACUUACAGCACCCAAUUCAUACGUCUCGCCAUCCCAAGCAACCUGGAUAUUCAAAAUGGACUAUGGGACGUUUUUGGAUGUUGCCUUUUCAAAUACGGUAACAAUGGGCUUGGGUGGUUAAGUUGUGAGGCAUUCUGGUUGAAAGUCUGGGAAUGCCUAGUUGAUUUCCGCCGUCAAUUUGGGCCAGUCACCCCAUACCCCUUCGGGUAUCAAUAUCUUCCUCAUGUGGUACAUUUCUACGCCAAGUCGAGGGAUCUCGCGCUACUUUACCCACGACCGCGGAAUUUACAAGACUUCGAUACCCCUCUACAUUUGCGCAUCGAUUCAUGGAAUCGCAAGACAUACUUUCAGACAUAUUGGGAUCCUCAGCCACGAUUCAAAUGGGGUCUAAUUGUUGACGAUAAAUACAUUCGGGAAGCCUUAAGCCCCCGGCAUCAUACCGAGGCUAUUCAUGGAUUUCAACGUGAUGGAACCAUUACCAGUGACCCUAGUAUCUCUGAUAAUCCCGGUACUCCUGGUAACUCGAGUCCCCCUCGUAACUUUAGUACUUCUAGCAGUGAGGCCAACUCAAUUAUGACGACCUGGACUUGGUAG